AUGGUCAUGCCGACGCCUGCGCCGAUCGUUUCUGACAGCAAUGGCAACGUGUACCCCAUCGACCCCAACGGCAAGAUCGCAUGCGCAGUGCUCAACAUGGCGCAUUUGGUCGAAGAGUUUGUCGACAAGACCGAGUGCUACACCGUCGCGGAGCGCCGCGCCCGCCUCCGAAUACUGCUGCUCGAGGCUGCUCGGGCUCUCGAGUACCAAAAGAUCGAGUUCUGGCUCGACAGCGGGUCGCUUCUCGGUGCUGUUCGUGAGCAUGACGUGCGCCGAGAUGAUGUCGACACCGCUAUUGGUCUCACGCAAGCGGCCAUGGACCAGCUGCGUCAAACACGGCUGAUCACAUUGCAUCCGCGCUACGCGCUCUUCCUCAAGAACAGCCCAAACCACCUUGACGCGCCGUUCUCGUACCCGUCGGGUCGCUUUGUCGACACGCAGACAGGGCUGUACACGAACACUGUGGUGACCGAGAUGCUUGGGCCCGUCGUGUCUCCGCACACGGCGGCGUGCAAGUACUGCGCCGACGAAGGCCGCUUUAACGUGCCGACCGACUGGAUCUUUCCGCUGCGGCGGUGCUCCAUCGACGGCUUUGACGUAUUUUGUCCCGCACGCGCGGACAAGUACCUGACGCUAAUGUACGGCGACAUGGACAUGAUCGAGCAGUAA